GGGCGGAACAUGUCUCCCGCCGCAGGAAGAUGAAGCGGUGGCGGCGGCUGCGGACGUAGCGGGCCGGAGCGGAGCCGUACCCGACGAGGGCGGCGGGCACCGCACGCCGCUGCCCCAGCGCCCCGGCCGGCCGCGCGGGGUAGGCGACGCGGCGGGGGAGGGGACCCGGGCCACGCGCGCUGUCGCCGCCCACGCACGACCCUCGGGGACCUGGCCGUGACGCCCCUUUGUCCGGGUGGGGGACCGUUCAUGCCGCCACCUCCCCCGCGCCGCGUGCCGAGCCGCGCCGAGCAGGGCUGUCUUUAGGCCUGGGGUAGCCACCCCAGUUCCUGCACCUGCCAUUGCUGCUGGAGGAUGAACCAGUCGCAGAGAAUGGCACCUGUGGGCACGGACAAGGAGCUGAGUGACCUCCUGGACUUCAGCAUGAUGUUCCCGCUGCCUGUGACCAAUGGGAAGGGCCGGCCUGCCUCCCUGGCCGGAACCCAGUUUGGAGGUUCAGGACUUGAGGACCGGCCCAGCUCAGGCUCAUGGGGAACCAGUGACCAGAGCAACCCGUCCUUUGAUGCCAGCCGGACCUACAGUGAAGGUGCCCACUUCGGCGAAUCCCACAGCAGCCUCUCUUCAUCCACAUUCCUGGGACCCGGGCUCGGAGGUAAGGGUGGCGAGAGGAGCACCUACACCACCUUCGGGAGAGAUGCGAGUGUCAGUGGCCUGACUCAACCUGGUUUCCUUCCGAGUGAGCUGGGACUCAGCAGCCCUGGACCACUGUCCCCCUCUGGCAUGAAGGGAAGCUCCCAAUACUAUUCCUCGUACCCCAGCAACCCUCGGCGGAGAGCUGCAGAUGGCGGCCUGGAUACCCAGCCCAAGAAGGUCCGGAAGGUUCCACCUGGUCUUCCCUCCUCGGUGUACCCACCCAGCUCAGGUGAUGACUACAGCAGGGAUGCCGCCUACCCCUCCGCCAAGACCCCCAGCAGCACCUACCCCGCCCCCUUCUAUGUGGCAGAUGGCAGUGUACACCCAUCAGCAGAGCUCUGGAGCACCCCUGGCCAGGCAGGCUUCGGGCCCAUGCUGGGUGGCUCAUCCCCACUGUCCCUGACACCAGGCAGUGGCUCUGUGGGCGGCAGCAGCGGGUUUGGCAGCCUGCACCAGCAUGAGCGCAUGGGCUACCAGCUGCAUGGAGCUGAAGUCAACGGUGGUCUCCCUGCAGUGUCCAGCUUCCCUUCAGCCCCAGGUGCCUAUGGAAGUGCCUCCAGCCACACGCCACCUGUCAGCGGGGCUGACAGCCUCAUGGUCUCCCGCGGGACCACAGCUGGCAGCUCUGGGGAUGCCCUUGGGAAGGCACUGGCCUCGAUCUAUUCCCCAGACCACUCCAGCAGUAACUUCUCACCCAGUCCCUCAACACCCGUGGGCUCCCCGCAGGGCCUGGCAGGGACAUCACAGUGGCCCCGAGCAGGAGGCCCUGGUGCCUUAUCACCCAGCUAUGAUGGAGGUCUCCAUGGCCUGCAGAGCAAGAUGGAGGACCACCUGGACGAGGCGAUCCAUGUGCUCCGCAGCCAUGCUGUGGGCACAGCCGGCGAUAUGCAUGGGCUGCUACCCAGUCAUGGAGCAUUGACCACAGGCUUCGCUGGCCCCAUGCCACUGAGUGGACGGCAUGCCAGCCUGGUCGGGGGCACCCACUCAGAGGACAGCCUCGUGGGCACCGCCAACCUCUUGCACAACCAUACUGCCCUCCCCAGCCAGCCCAGUACCCUCCCUGACCUUUCACGGCCACCUGACUCCUACAGUGGACUUGGGCGGGUGGGUGCUGCAGCGAGUGCCAGUGAAAUCAAGCGGGAAGAGAAAGAGGAUGAAGAGAACGCCUCUGUGGCCGACACCUCCGAGGAGGACAAGAAGGAGCUGAAGGCCCCCCGCACACGGACCAGCCCAGACGAGGACGAGGACGACCUUCUCCCCCCAGAGCAGAAGGCUGAGCGGGAGAAGGAGCGCCGGGUGGCCAAUAACGCCCGCGAGCGGCUGCGGGUCCGGGACAUCAAUGAGGCGUUUAAGGAGCUGGGCCGCAUGUGCCAGCUGCACCUCCACAGCGAGAAGCCACAGACCAAACUGCUCAUCCUGCACCAGGCCGUGCAGGUCAUCCUGGGCCUGGAGCAGCAGGUGCGAGAGCGAAACCUGAACCCCAAAGCAGCCUGCCUGAAGCGGCGAGAGGAGGAGAAAGUGUCUGGUGUGGUUGGGGACCCCCAGAUGGCCCUCUCAGCCACACACCCGGGCCUGAGUGAGUCCCACAACCCUGCUGGGCACCUGUGAGCAGCCACUGGCAGCGCCAUGGGACAAGGAACUGGCCAUAAUCUGCACCCUCAGCCUGAGAAGGUCCUGCCCAGUACCAGCUUGGCACAGAGAAGUGGGUCAGGGAUUCACCUCAGUCAUCAACAUUGAGCCCGCACGGUGAGGCUCAGACGGAUGCGGGGUUCUGGGGAGACAGGUCUCACCUGCUCCCCAUGUAGCCGCCUUGGCGUGUGAUCCGCUCCAUGGUCCUGAGACCCCAGUGACCUGACUAAAGGGAGUCUUUUUUUUUUUUUUUUCCUCCCCUUUGCGUAAACAAAACCAGAAAGCAAACGCAACAAAAGAUACACUUUGUCAGAAAAUGCCUUAACUGUAUAAAGUGAAGUGGAAACCUGUCACCUGGACAAGGGUGACCCUGCAGAACUGGCUUGUUCUAUGAGAGCCACCAGCAAAUU